AUGGCUUUCCAGGCACUCCUCUCGACAGUGACCGCGGCGCUGGUCUGCGCUUCGUCAGUCCAAGCAUACGUCUUGCCUCUGCAGAACAAUCCCGAACACACUGGAGAUCUCGCUACCGCUCAUGCCUUCCGCCUUGCCAGUCGCUCGCUCAACGACCUCUCGCAGGGCUCCGUCUCCGUGCCCGUUUACAAGAGGCACGGCGGGCUGCAUCCCGACAUUCGCAAGCGUGACCCCGAGACGACCAAGAAGUGGGCUCUCCGACAGGCCGAGGUGAUGAAGGCCAAGUACGGCGCUGUCAGCCCAAACCAAAAGCGCCAGACCAUCGGACUCACCGACGUGGGACCUGACAGCUACUAUUACGCUCAAGUCUCGGUCGGAACACCCGCGCAAAACUUCAACAUUGUUCUCGACACCGGCUCUGCCGACUUCUGGCUCGUCGACUCGGACUGCGGCACGGCUCAGAACUGCGACUCGGAUCUGGUCAAGUACAACACGGGCGCCUCUUCCACCAACAUCGGCUCCUCCACUCCCUUCACCAUCACCUACGGCACUGGCGGUGUUCGCGGUGUUCUCGCCGCCGACCGAGUCUCGCUCGCAGGCUACACGGUCAACAACCUCACCUUUGCCGAGGCCAGCUCGGUCGCUGCCAACACGGUCGAGUUCCCCACCUCGGGCAUCAUGGGCAUGGGCUUCCAGUCUCUCGCCACCAGCGGUGCCACUCCCUUCUGGGAGGUGCUUGCCAAGGAAAACGUGCUCAAGACCAAUGCAUUCACCUUCCAGCUCGCCCGCAACAUCGACAACAUCAACCCCAACGACCCCAACAUCAACGACAUCCAGAGCCCCGGUGGCGUCUUCACUCUCGGCGAGAUCGACUCGAACCAGUACAACGGCGACAUCACCUACACCAACAUCCCCAACAACCUCCAGAACACCCAAGGCUUGGGCUACUGGACCAUCCCGCUCGGCGGCAUCUCGGUCAACGGCAACAAUGCCAACAUCGGUAGCAACCCGCUCGCCGCCAUCGACACGGGCACCACGCUCAUCGGCGGUCCCUCGUCCUCGAUCCAAGCCUUCUACUCGCAGAUCUCCGGCGCUCGGUCCGCAUCCAGCGUCGGCAUGUCCGGCUACUACCUCUUCCCCUGCUCCACCAACCUCAACAUCCAAAUGACAUUCGGUGGCAAGAGCUGGUCCAUGAACUCGGCCGACUUCAACCUCGGCUCGUACCCCUACACAACCUCGAGCACGUGUCUCGGCGCGUUGUUCGAGAUCGACCUCGGCUCGUCGGCGUACGGAGUGCCGCAGUGGAUUGUCGGCGAUUCGUUCCUCAAGAACGUCUUUUCCGUGUUUGACGGCAGUGGACGCGUUGGGUUUGCGAGUUUGAAGGGAAGUGAAGCGCAGAUCGUAUCGGUGACGAGCAAUGCGGUUUCGUCGCAGACGCCGCAGAGCUCGGCGUCGAGCAGUGCGUCCGGGUCGAGUUCGAGCUCGGCGAACGGUGCGGGUGGCGGACUGCCGUUGCCGACGGGAUCGACGACGUUUGCGUCCCAGGCGACGGCGACGGGUGUCGAGGCGGGUGGAACGCUGCCUGUCCCCUCCGCCAGCACGGUCGUGUCGACUUCCAACCCGGCUCUGACGACCGCGCAGAGCAACAGCAACAGUGGAAGCAGCAGCAGUGGCAGCUCCUCGUCCUCGGCCGCGUCGAAUGUAGUGGUCGCCAUGUCGGCUGUCUCGUUCGCGGCGGUGUUCGUUGGCGCCGUGCUCGUUCUCUGA